UCACCCGAUCCGCUCAUUUCGAUCAUUUCCCGCCCUCAAUAUCGCCUCUAAACGACAAACCUUGAACUGUAUUAAUUUCGCCAUACUGUUCGAGCAACCAAUCUAAAAUGAAGACCGUUGCUUUCCUCUCCGCCUUGGCGGCUGUCGCUUCGGCUACCCCUACCCUCAAGGAGCCUCCCAGCAAGCGCGCUUCUCUCCCCGCCGUCUCGGUUUCUGGCAAUGCUUUCUGGACUGGCAAGGACCGAUUCUACCUCCGAGGUAUCGACUACCAGCCCGGUGGUGCCUCUGCUAACGAGGAUCCUCUCGCCGAUCCUGAUGUUUGCAAGCGUGAUAUCAAGUACUUCAAGGAGCUCGGCGUCAACGUUAUCCGCGUCUACGCUGUCGACAACAAGGCCGAUCAUGAUGCGUGCAUGAAGGCGCUCGACGACGCUGGCAUCUACCUCGUUCUCGAUGUCAACAACCCCAAGUACUCCAUCAACCGUGCCAAGCCCGGUCCUUCUUACAACGCUGCCUACAUCCAGAGCGUUUUCGCCACCGUCGAGAUGUUCGCCAAGUACGACAACACACUCGCUUUCUUCUCCGGAAAUGAGGUCAUGAACGACGAGAAGGAUACCGACAAGUCCGCUCCCUACGUCAAGGCCAUCACUCGUGAUAUGCGAAACUACAUCAAGGCUCGCAAGCUCCGCCAGAUUCCUGUCGGAUACUCUGCUGCCGAUGUUGCCUCCAACCGUAUGCAAACCGCUCACUACAUGAACUGUGGUUCUGAGGAGGUUCGAUCUGACUUCUUCGCCUUCAACGACUACUCCUGGUGCAACAGUGACUUCAAGACCUCUGGCUGGGACGUCAAGGUCAAGAACUUCACCAACUACGGUAUCCCCAUUUUCCUGUCCGAGUAUGGUUGCAUUGAGAACCGCCCUCGUAAGUUCGAGGAGAUUGAGCCCAUGAUGGACGACCAGAUGUCCUCCAUCUACUCCGGCGGUCUCAUGUAUGAGUAUUCCCUCGAGGACAACGACUACGGUAUCGUCACAAUCAAGAACGGCAAGGUCACGACCGAAAAGGAGUUCGAUCUCUUCAAGUCUGCUCUUUCCAAGUACCCCAUGCCCACUGGCACUGGCGGUGCUGCCAAGACUUCCCACGGCGUUGCUUGCCCUACCUCUGAGUCCGUCUGGCAGGUCGACCCCAGCUACCUCCCCGAGAUGCCCUCUGAGGCUGAGAAGUACAUGAAGGACGGUGCUGGCAAGGGCCCCGGCAUCAACGGCAAGGGAUCUCACUUCGACACUGAUAGCGGUACCGCCACUGCCAGCGUUGCCAUGGGCUCUUCCACAUCCACCGGUUCGGCCUCUGCCUCUGGUGAUGACGACGACAGCGGUGCUGCUAACCUUGGCUUCGGUGCUCUGUACGUCUCCGCUGCUGCCACUCUCUUCACCCUCGUCGGAACCCUUUUGCUGUAGAUGGCAGGCGUGCCGUCUCUUUAUUUGUUUUCCUUGUUAGUGUGAGGAUUGCCGUUUGGUCAGAGUUAUGAUUUAGGCCCCCCUCUUGGUUUUCAUGAUAGGCACAAGAUGCAGGGGAAGAGCGCUUGAUUAGUUAGGUGCGCUCCGCUGGGCACGCCGGGUUCGUAUUUUUUCACCAGGAGCAUUGGCGUCUAGCCCAGGCAGGGCAGACGACCCGGAAAUGAUUAUAAUGCUAUCUGGGCGGUUAUCGCCUUUGUCGUUUCAGUUAAAAGGAUUUGGUGCGGAAGCAUAUUCAAUAGACUUUCAUUAACAUG